CUGCAGUGGGAGGCUGACUGGUGGAGCCAGAGCCACUUAGUGCUCAGUGUGCUCACAGGGGAUGAGACUAUUCGACAGAGACGGAGAGAGACACGGUGAAAGUCUGACAGCUGGAAAAUGGAGGAAAAAUGAGCAAGAUGAAUGGAAAGAAGUGAAGUGUGUUACAGGGGAGAUCGUUAAGCACAUCAAAAUAGAAACAUGUCAGUGAAUACUAAAAAGAACCUGUGACAUUUCAGACAUUAGACACUCCAUUUGGCCAGCAUGUUGCUCUCUCUCAGUCUCAAAGAAAGGGAGAAGAAGAUAAGAUAAAAGAUGUGCAUGUGCUUUUAAAAUAGAAGACUUCCACACCAACAGGACCUGUAGAAACUAUAUCAACAAGAUAGGAAAGAGAAAAAAAAUGUGAGGGCGAUAGAGCGAUACAGAGAGAGAGCGAGCGAGAGAGCCGAAAAGUGGUUGUGGCCAUAAGGUUACAAAUUCGAGAGGGAGAAAGAGAGAGCUCCACUCGACACUGGAAAUUGAAAGAGAAAGACAGAGGGGUUUUUGAAAUGUAUGCCUUGAGCAAAGUACCAAACCAACUCGACCGGGAACUCCACUGAACGGCCACGUGGGACGACAACUUCAGCAGGACUACAACUUAAGCUUGAGACUGAUAUCAGGAAGAGUGACAGCUUCAAAAACCACCACAGACACAGCCUGUCUGUUACGGUUUGAACAAAAUAUAUUGGAAACCCAGCAAAGCCUGUAAGUGAUUCACAACUGAACCUGUGUGGUCCUUUGAAACCCUCUGCACCUACGAUAUAGCAGCCCAUCAGAAAGCACCAGCCUUUAGAAACUCUUCAACGGGACACUUUAAAAAAAAAAAAAAGUCUUGUGUUUUAUGUUUGAGAAACAACGCUUAAAGUUGACAUUUCAGUUACUCUGUUACUGUGAGACUGUUUACCUUUAGUAGAGUCAUAAAUUCAGACAAAUUUACAAGCAGAAGUAAUGACCAAGAUAAAUUUGGUACACUUUCACUGCAGUAUGAGAUCACCUUUGUGAAGGAAGUUCAUAGUAUCAGUCAUGAGGAAGAGUAAUAACAUCCUUUUUGCCAGCGUUUAGUUUCCUGGAGGUUUUUCAGGAAUUACGUGCUCCUGAAGUAAAGCAAACUGAUGCUGUUGCAUGAGAAGACAUUUCGGGGAAAACUGGAGGAGGAGUAAAUAUUGACAUUCACAGCUAGUAAAGUCUCGUAUACCACUUCUGUUACACCUUCCUCUUGAGACUUAACUACAAGGAUGUUCAAAUUGCUCUUCUGCAUCUGAAACCCUCAUAAUAAAGAACUACUGGGAAACCUGUAUGUGUACAACCUGAUAUUUACACAGCGCCAUCAGUAGAUCUGUGGUCCUAAAGACGAAAAAGGAAGCGGAGCAUCGCGUUUGGCAUCUAUUGGCCAGAUAAGUAAUUACUGGCACUGCUUUUUAAUAUCAGGUCUGAGCAACUUUUACGUUGUGGAGACAGAAAGAGGUAACAUCAUCAUCGGACUGUGAGAACACUGAGAGAUCAUGCUGAGGGGCCUGUUUGAGAGGAAACCUAAACAUGAGAGGCUGCAGGAGGAACCCGAAGUCAGAUUUAGAGGAUUGCUGGUGACAGAGAGAGACCUGGGAUAUCGAUACAUCCCACCUGGAGGCUCCGACUACUCUCCCCCUCCCCCUCUUCCUCGACCUCCUCCACCUGGCCUGACCAAUGAGCACAGUGGUGGCACUAGCCAUGGCGACCAUGGUGGAGGAGGGGGCGGGGUCAACCAUGGAGUGGGCGUGGUUGGUCUGGCUCCAGAGCACAUCCCCACACCGGGGGCAGCCCUGAGCUGGCAGGCAGCGAUCGAUGCCGCGCGGCAGGCGAAGAUGAUGGGUAAUGCCGCAUCGGGUGGAGGGGCGGGGCUUGGGUCCGGAGGGCGAGGGCCCAUCUCCACGGCCAGCUCCACGCAACGGAAGAGACAGCACUAUACCGCUAAACCCAAGAAACAAACCACAACGACAGCCACAAGGCCGCCACGAGCUCUACUCUGCCUCACACUCAAGAAUCCUAUCCGCAGGGCCUGCAUCAGCAUCGUAGAGUGGAAACCAUUUGAGAUCAUCAUCCUGAUGACAAUUUUUGCCAACUGUGUGGCCUUAGCUGUCUACAUCCCCUUUCCUGAGGAUGACUCGAACGCCACCAACUCCAACUUGGAGCGUGUGGAGUAUCUGUUCCUCAUCAUUUUCACGGUGGAGGCGUUCCUGAAGGUAAUAGCCUACGGCCUGCUCUUCCACCCCAACGCCUACCUGAGGAACGGCUGGAAUCUGCUAGACUUCAUCAUUGUAGUUGUAGGGUUAUUCAGUGCAAUCUUGGAGCAGGCCACAAAAGGGGAUGGGGCUACUCCUAUUGGAGGGAAAGCGGCGGGCUUUGAUGUCAAGGCUCUGAGGGCAUUCAGAGUACUCAGACCCCUCAGACUGGUCUCUGGAGUACCGAGUUUACAGGUAGUGUUGAACUCCAUAAUCAAAGCCAUGGUUCCUCUGCUCCAUAUCGCCCUGCUGGUCCUCUUCGUCAUCAUCAUCUAUGCCAUCAUUGGUCUGGAGCUCUUCAUGGGCAAGAUGCACAAGACCUGCGUUCAUAACCUAACAGGCACUAUUGCAGAGGAAAAGCCAGCACCAUGUGCACCUGAUGGAGCUUAUGGUCGACAUUGCAAGCAGAAUGGAACACAGUGCAGAGUUGGGUGGGAGGGCCCAAACGACGGCAUCACAAACUUCGACAACUUUGCCUUUGCCAUGUUAACGGUGUUCCAGUGUAUAACCAUGGAAGGCUGGACGGAUGUGCUGUACUGGAUGCAGGAUGCCAUGGGCUAUGAGCUGCCAUGGGUCUAUUUUGUCUCUCUUGUCAUCUUCGGCUCUUUUUUCGUUCUCAAUCUCGUUCUGGGAGUGUUGAGCGGAGAGUUUUCCAAGGAGAGAGAGAAGGCCAAGGCGCGCGGUGACUUCCAGAAACUCAGAGAAAAACAGCAACUGGAGGAAGACCUCAAGGGCUAUUUAGACUGGAUUACUCAAGCCGAAGACAUUGACCCAGAGAAUGAAGAGGAGGGCAUGGACGAUGAGAAACCCAGAAAUCUGAGCAUGCCAGCCAGCGAGAAUGAAUCAGUCAACACAGACAACGCCCCCGGGGGAGACGUAGAGGGUGAGACCUGCUGUACCCGGCUGGCAAUUAGGAUCUCCAAAUCCAAGUUCAGCCGCUACUCUCGGAGGUGGAACAGGCUGUGUCGAAGGAAAUGCCGGGCAGCAGUCAAAUCACAAGUUUUCUAUUGGCUGGUCAUUUUCCUGGUUUUCCUCAACACUCUGACCAUUGCCUCUGAACAUCACCAGCAGCCUCAGUGGCUAACUGAUGUACAAGACAUAGCCAAUAAGGUUUUGCUAGCACUCUUUACUGGAGAGAUGCUGUUGAAGAUGUACAGUCUGGGCCUGCAGGCCUACUUUGUUUCACUCUUCAAUCGGUUCGACAGCUUCGUAGUAUGUGGAGGGAUCCUUGAAACCAUUCUGGUGGAAACAAAAAUCAUGUCUCCUCUUGGCAUCUCUGUGUUACGUUGUGUACGCUUACUCCGAAUCUUCAAAAUAACCAGAUAUUGGAACUCUUUGUCCAACCUGGUGGCAUCCCUGCUGAACUCUGUCCGCUCCAUCGCUUCCCUGCUGCUCCUGCUGUUCCUCUUCAUCAUCAUCUUCUCCCUGCUGGGCAUGCAGCUGUUUGGGGGAAAAUUCAACUUUGACGAGACCAGACGAAGCACGUUUGACAACUUCCCCCAGUCUCUGCUCACUGUGUUUCAGAUCCUGACCGGAGAGGACUGGAACUCUGUGAUGUAUGAUGGUAUCAUGGCGUACGGUGGUCCAGCUUUUCCUGGCAUGCUAGUUUGCAUCUACUUCAUCAUCCUCUUCAUCUGCGGAAACUAUAUCCUGCUGAAUGUCUUCUUGGCCAUUGCUGUAGACAAUCUGGCAGACGCCGAGAGCCUGACAUCAGCCCAGAAAGAGGAAGAGGAGGAGAAGGAGAGGAAAAAACUGGCCAGGCUUGGCAGUCCAGAGAAGCGUCAUGAAAAUGAGAAGCCGCCUCUGGAAGAAGAGAAGAAGGAGAAAAUAGAGCUGAAGUCCAUUACUUCUGAUGGGGAGACCAACACUGCUACAAAGAUUAACAUGGAUGACUGCUGUGGGGAUGAGAGCGAAGAGAAGAAUCCAUAUCCCGCCAAUGAUUAUAUAGGAGAUGAAGACGAUGAUGAGCCAGAGAUGCCUGUGGGCCCGAGGCCACGGCCCCUCUCUGACAUUCAGCUGAAGGAGAAGGCUGUCCCCAUGCCUGAGGCCCGAGCUUUCUUUAUCUUCAGCCACACCAACAAGUUCAGGGUUCUCUGCCAUAAGGUCGUCAACCACAACAUCUUCACCAACCUCAUCCUCUUCUUCAUCCUGCUCAGCAGCAUCAGUCUAGCGGCAGAAGACCCUGUCAAAAAUGACUCCUUCAGAAAUAAGAUCCUGGGCUAUGCAGAUCAUGUGUUUACUGGACUCUUCACCAUCGAGAUCAUUCUUAAGAUGACAGCCUAUGGCGCCUUCCUCCACAAAGGUUCUUUCUGUAGAAACUAUUUUAACAUCCUGGACUUGGUGGUGGUCAGCGUGUCCCUCAUCUCCUCUGGAAUACACUUUUCGUUGCAUCAGCCUCCACAGUUUGUGUUUAAAAGUAAAGACUCUACUGAAAGCAGUUUAUGGUCCAGCGCAAUUAAUGUUGUAAAAAUCCUGAGAGUUCUGCGCGUGCUUAGACCACUGAGGGCCAUCAACAGAGCCAAAGGACUAAAGCAUGUAGUGCAGUGCGUGUUUGUGGCCAUCAGGACUAUUGGCAACAUCGUCAUCGUCACCACAUUACUCCAGUUCAUGUUCGCCUGUAUUGGAGUGCAACUCUUUAAGGGCAAGUUCUUCUACUGUACCGACAACUCUAAGCAGACUCAGGCAGAGUGCAGAGGUUCUUUCAUCACAUAUAAAGACGGGGAUGUGGGGAAGCCUGACAAAGCCCCAAGAGUGUGGGAGAACAGUGACUUUAACUUUGAUGAUGUUCUACAAGGCAUGAUGGCACUGUUUGCCGUGUCUACCUUCGAGGGAUGGCCAGGGUUACUGUACCGAGCCAUUGACUCUCAUGCUGAGGAUGUGGGGCCCAUUUACAACUACCGCGUGGUCAUUUCCAUCUUCUUUAUCAUCUACAUCAUCAUCAUUGCCUUCUUCAUGAUGAACAUUUUCGUCGGUUUCGUCAUCGUCACAUUCCAGGAACAAGGGGAGCAAGAAUAUAAGAACUGCGAGCUGGACAAAAACCAGCGUCAGUGCGUGGAGUACGCUCUAAAGGCUCGUCCGCUGCGUCGCUACAUCCCCAAGAACCCUUACCAGUACAAGGUGUGGUAUGUGGUCAACUCCACCUACUUUGAGUAUUUGAUGUUCACACUCAUCCUUCUCAACACCAUCUGUCUGGCCAUGCAGCAUCAUGGACAGACCAAAAAUUUCAAUGAUGCCAUGAACAUCCUCAACAUGCUCUUCACGGGACUUUUCACUGUUGAGAUGAUCCUUAAACUGAUCGCCUUCAAACCCAGGGGGUACUUUAGUGAUCCCUGGAAUGUGUUUGAUUUCCUCAUCGUAAUUGGCAGCAUAAUAGACGUCAUUCUCAGUGAAAUCAACCCGGCUGACUCCUCCUCGUCCUCGUCCUCGUCCUCUUCGUCCUCCUCUUCCUCCUCUUCCUCCUCUCACCCCCCUGUGGUAAGGCCAAUGGGACUGCAGAACUCUGAAGAGAACGCCAGGAUCUCCAUCACCUUCUUCCGGCUGUUCCGCGUGAUGAGGCUGGUGAAGCUGCUGUCUCGCGGGGAAGGGAUUCGGACCCUGCUGUGGACCUUCAUCAAAUCCUUCCAAGCUCUGCCCUACGUAGCUCUGCUUAUAGUGAUGCUGUUCUUCAUAUACGCCGUCAUUGGCAUGCAGAUGUUUGGUAAGAUAGCUCUGCGGGACCACAUGCAAAUCAACAGGAACAACAAUUUCCAGACAUUCCCUCAGGCGGUGCUGCUGCUCUUCAGAUGUGCAACAGGUGAGGCGUGGCAGGAGAUCAUGCUGGCGUGUUCACCCAAACAGCCGUGUGAGAAAGGAUCAACCAAUGAAAGCAGCUCGUCCAACGAGGACUGUGGCAGCCAGUUUGCCAUCAUUUAUUUUGUCAGCUUCUACAUGCUCUGUGCCUUCCUGAUCAUCAACUUGUUUGUGGCCGUCAUCAUGGACAACUUUGACUACCUGACGCGUGACUGGUCGAUCCUGGGGCCACAUCAUCUUGACGAGUUCAAGAGGAUCUGGGCUGAAUAUGACCCAGAAGCUAAGGGGAGAAUAAAACAUCUUGAUGUGGUGACUCUGCUCAGAAGAAUCCAGCCUCCCCUCGGGUUUGGAAAGCUCUGUCCACACAGGGUGGCUUGCAAGCGUCUGGUGUCGAUGAACAUGCCUCUGAACAGCGACGGAACAGUGAUGUUCAACGCCACACUGUUUGCCCUGGUCAGAACCGCACUCAGGAUAAAGACAGAAGGGAACUUGGAGCAGGCCAAUGAGGAACUGAGGGCAAUAGUGAAGAAGAUAUGGAAGAGAACCAGUAUGAAGCUCUUGGAUCAAGUAGUGCCCCCUGCUGGUGAUGACGAGGUAACAGUCGGGAAAUUCUACGCCACCUUCCUCAUCCAGGAAUAUUUCCGCAAGUUUAAGAAAAGGAAAGAACAAGGGCUGGUGGCCAAGGUGCCCCCCAAAACCGCACUCUCUCUGCAGGCGGGCCUGCGGACAUUGCACGACAUCGGUCCGGAGAUUAGGAGAGCCAUCUCCGGAGACCUAAAUGUGGAGGAGGAGCUGGAUAAAGGUGUAAAGGAGCCUGUGUCAGCGGCGUCAGAGGACGAUAUCUUCAGGCGCACAGGAGGGUUGUUUGGCAACCAUGUCAACUACUACAACCAGAGCGAUGGCCGUGGGUCCUUCCCGCAGUCUUUCACUACCCAGCGUCCCUUGCACAUCAGCCAAAAAGGGUCACCUUGUGAAGGCGAGAGCCCGUCUCAUGAGAAGCUCAUGGAUUCAACUACUUUCACCCCUUCCUCUUACUCCUCAUCAGACUCUAACGCCAACAUCAACAAUGCCAACAACACUGGCAUGGCCGGGGUGGCAACCCAGGGCAUCAGUCGAUUCCCGAGCCCAUCUAUAAGCACUGUGGAUGGGCACACGGGGCAGCCACUCACCCCCAUUCUGCUGCCAAGAUCUGCGUGGUGCUUUCCUCCAAAGAGGACGUGUUUUUAUGACAGCCUCAUGCGCUCAGACUCGUGUGACAGUCAUCUGCCAAUCAUCCGAAGAGGGGAGGGGUCAACAGAGGAGACAUACGACGAGAGCUAUGUUGAAGACAGGGUGUACCAUGAGGAUGACCACUCGCUCUCGUCUGACAUGCUGGUGUAUCAUGAUGACGCUUGUAAGCAGUUGACUCCCAUGGAGGAAGCGGAGGAAGUCGACGACAGAAGAGGAGGAGGGUGGCAGUCUCCCAGGAGGGUCUUCCUCUGUCCCACUUCUCUGGGGCGGAGAUCGUCCUUCCAUCUGGAGUGUCUCCGGAGACAGUCGAGGCCAGACGUCUCUCAGAAGACGGCUGUACCUUUACAUCUUGUACAUCAUCAGGCUCUGGCUGUAGCAGGGUUGAGUCCUCUGUUAAGACGGAGCCACUCACCGACCCUCUUCAGUCGGCUGUGCUCCACACCUCCAGCAAGUCCCACAGCUCAAUGCAGUGAUGCCUCCUACCAGCGAGUUCCCUCUCUGAGGCUAGAGGGCUCCAACUCCCAUGAAAAGCUCAAUACCAGCUUGCCCUCUGUCAAUUGUGGCCCAUGGUACAAUGACAGUAAUGGGAAUAGCCCGGUGCCCAGUCCUAGCCCCACCCCUAGCAUGCCAGCGUCCAGUCAAAGGGCACCGAGGCCGGUGUCGCUCACUGUGCCGUCGCUGUUGGGGAAAGACUCCAGCUCGCUGUGUCACGGCAGCGCAGGCAGUCUAGUGGAGGCAGUCCUAAUAUCAGAGGGCUUGGGUCAUUUUGCUCAGGACCCCUCGUUCAUUGAGGCGACCAAAGCGGAGCUGGCUGAUGCCUGCGACAUGACCAUCGAGGAGAUGGAGCACGCCGCCAACAAUAUUCUCAAUGGCACCUCGCCCACCAACGCCACAUCCAGCACCUCCUCCACCUCUCAGCACAGCCCUAACGGCAACGUCCUCCCCUUCCACACAACAGCAGCAGCAGCAUCAACGCACAGGGACCGAGUGGUCGGCUUGAGUCCUAGUGAAGGUGGGGGAGAAGCCACAGGAAGCAGAGGCUCCAUACACGGUCCCUCCUCUAUAGAGGAGCGGCAGGAGCUGCUAGCCAGAGAGAGAGAACCAGAAGAGGAGGAGGAAGAAGAGGAGGCAGGAGGGAGGGAAGAGGGGCACUACAGAGGCUCGCUUGUGAUCGGAGGAGCACGACAGAGGAACAGCGGGCUGUUGGAGGACGAGGAUAUGGAGUGUGUGACAAGCUUAUAGGAGUCAAGUUAAUGGGUUCGAUCGACGAACUGGCCCCUCUGACAUCAUCAGAGACUGAUGCUUGUCAGGUGCUGCUUACAGCACCGCGGCUGGCUCUGUCUGUCCCCACCCUUCACAUACACACACACACAUACAAACACACUCUGUCGCUCUGGAGAGUGGCGGCCAGUGAUGCAACCUUAAACACUUGGUUAUGACUCUGUUAGUCUAUGAGUUAGUAUAUGGAUGGAUGUUUGCUGUAAAAGCGAUAUACUCUACGAGCGUGUGCUUACGCACGUUUGUCAGUGUGAUCUAGGAUUUUUUUUCUAUCUGUGCGCGCAUGUGCGUGUGUUCUCCACACGUGUCUGAGUGUGUCUCUAAAGUGCCUCACAGUUUUAUCAUGUCCUCAGAGUGUUAAGCGCAGAAAAGUAGACACAAGCAAAAAAGAAAAAGAAAAGAGAUAAAGGGAAGUAUGACUGAAUGAAGGUAGACAAGAAACAACACAGCCAGGAAGUCCUUCCUAUGGUUCUCCUGCAGACAACAUAGAGUGUUUAAUGUUUUCAUUUCCUACGCCUACUUUGUGUUGUUGUUGUUUGUCUGGCCGCCAUGACACCAGGUAGGGGACAGCAGACCAGCUUUUGAAAGGGGUCAGUUUGGAUUACUGUCUGACCACACCCACUUGAGGUCAAAGGUCAACUCCUCCUCUUUGGUUCACUGAUGAUGAAGCGCUGUAUUGAGUAAAACAGGGAUGGAAAAAAAGCCCUGUUUGAAAUCUCAUUUCUCCUCCUCUUCCAAAGCUAAGGAACCAUGGAGCACAGCCCUGCCAGCCUGGAGGUGGGAUUGAGGUGACACACCACCUCCAGCCAAUGGGGGGGAAGGAUUUGAGGGAUGGUCCAACAGCCCCAAUAAGGCUGCAAUAGGGAUGGGGGGCCCAGGCAGAGGAAGACACUCUCUGGCCAACAGGAAGCUAGCCAGCUCUUUUUAUUUUUAUUCCACCGCUGGUCAGGAAAACUCCAGCGAGAGACAAACUUGAAUCGUCUGUCAACGUGAUCUGGCUCCGCCUCCUCCACCGGGUUUCCUUGUUUGGCCACACCCACUCGCUGCCCCGAACAGGAGCACUGGGUGGCUAAGCAGAGACAGCGAGCCCCCCCUUUCUGCCUCAUACCUCGCCGUUCCUCACUCCUUCCUCCCUCCUCUUUGGUUACUUCACCAUCCCUCUCCCUCCAUCGCUGAGUCUUUUUGCUUUGUCAGCCCUCGGGGAGGCGUGCGUUUGUCGAACGGGGCAACAAAGAUGGCGGGGUGCGCGGGAGAACGGGAGUGAGCGAUUGAAAUGAAAAACAGACUCUGACGUCAAUCAAAGACACUUCCUUCUCCAGGACCCUCCUCUUCCUCUCAGCGUGGAAUCCUACUGGAUUUGCUGCCACACACGAUUUCUACAGACCACGCCCACUAUGUAUUUAACAGUUCAAUAUUGUGCAAAACUGGCUAGCCAUGACUAUUUUUGUUUUAUAUUCAUGAUGUUAUUGGUUUAAUUUAUCCUUGAUUUGUUUGCACAAUCGGGGUGCUGGUCUUAUAAAUGUAUUUUUGCUCGGUUUAUUUUAGGAGAAUUUUAAGAGGUUUUAAGUAACGAAGCAGGGCGUAGUGUUUGUGUGCGAGUGCAUAACUAUAUUUGUGCGUGCGGAUGUGUGUCUGCGUUUUAGUACAGGAUGUAUGAAUGCGUGAGAUAGAGUGUGUAUAAAAAAUUGUG